CUCAACCCCACUGUAGCAACCCGCAGAUGGAUUGCCUAUAGCGACGUCAGUUAAAUAAGUUUGAUUCUAUCGCAUGCACGCGUCAACCACCGGCGGAGAUCUUUCCAGAUAGAUUAAAAAUAUCCGUUCUUCCGAGACCCCUGACGCAAUGUAACCAAACAACGCCCCAUCACAUCUUGAGAAGGACGUGGAGCCCUCGGAUUUAGGAAGCGCACGGUCAAUCAAGUUUGGUCGAUUCGGUCGCGGAUAUUGGCGGAAUUCAAUAGCGCUCAACUUGCUUCAUAGCCUUUGAUAGUGCGAUGGAGUUGCAGCCAUAGUCUAUCGCAAGCUAGUACUCUUAGCAGCCUUCAAACUACCUGUGAGUAUAGUGGCCCAACUAGCAGUACUUGAUGCAUAUAGGAGCAGCCGAACCGUUGACCUACUCGAUCAGUUGAUAUAAUCUCGGGUUAAGCCAUCCUAGGAAUCUAACCCGAGAUAUUUGUCCCUCUUGCGAUCCCUCAAAACGCUGCUUAUCCCAUAUUUUGCUUAAUAUUCGUCAUGCCACAUAUCAACAGGCAGCAGCCGAAUGGGGCAACCAGCAAAACGGCUACCAUCGAUGAGAAAAUCGCACUUGUUCCUAAUGCACCACAGCAGGUAGACCGUCUUCUCAAGGAAAUUAGUGUUCAAGGCCAGGAACUCUGCAAUGGUCGGUCUGAGGCAAGGUUACGACUCGUGGAAGCGGCGCAAUCACUAGUUUAUGCACUGGAGACACCGCGAGAGGCGACUUUCCGAUACUGCUGGUCUCAUGUCACGGCAUUUCCUACAAUUGAGGCAUGUGUCGACCUCGGGAUUUUCCCCCUGCUUGCCAGCAGCGACACGCCGAAAUCCGUCGCAGAGCUCGCAGAAGCGACAGGCGCUGAGGAGGACUUGCUGGGGCGCCUGUUGAAACAUCUUGCCGCCCUGGGGGUGGUAGUAGAGACCGGCCCAGACGAGUACAGGGCCAGCGGUUUCUCGACUGCGUUGGCAAUUCCAUGUUAUGGCGAAGCAUUCGCAUGCUUAUCAGGAUGCACGAUUCCAGCACUUCAGGCGCUGCCGGCAUGGUUAAAGGAAAAUAACUAUCGCAGUCCUACCGAUCCCGAAGAUUCGCCCUUCACCAUGGGAUUCAACACCGACCUCCAUUUCUUUGAAUGGAUUAACACGGUCCCAACGUAUCCUGCACUGCCAAGCCACUUCAACGGACUCAUGUCGGCAUACCACCAGGGGAGGCCUAGCUGGAUGGACGUCGGCUUUUACCCCGUUGAAGAAAUGCUCAUCAACGGUGCACAAUCUGGGAAACAAGAUGUGUUUCUGGUGGAUGUUGGUGGGAACAAAGGCCAUGAUAUCAUGGAGUUCCACAGGAAAUGGCCAAAUGCUCCGGGCAGACUGAUACUGCAGGACUUGCCGGCGGUCGUAGGCGAUAUCCCGACAAUUGAUAGGCGCAUUGAGCCAAUGGCGCAUGACUUUUUCACGGCACAACCUGUUAAAGGUGCCCGGGCUAAUUAUCUACAUUCCAUACUGCAUGACUGGAGCGAUGAGGCCUGCCAAAAGAUCCUGACCCAACUCAUGGCGGCCAUGGUGCCCGGAUAUAGCAAGCUACUCAUCAACGAAAAUGUCAUUCCGAGCACAGGGGCACAUUGGCAGACGACUUCCCUAGAUAUUAUCAUGAUGGUGGAUGUUGCCUCACGGGAACGAACAGAACGGGCCUGGUAUCAACUGAUCGAGUCGGUGGGCUUGAAGGCCUUGAAAGUGUGGACAGUUCCAGACAGUGUUGAUAGUUUGAUCGAGUGCGAGCUAGCUUAAUGAGACCGGAACACAAUCAGGACUUCUAGCCGUUGCUUAGUUGUUCAUCGUCGAAGGAGAUUUCCUUGGAUUAUACCCAAUCUACAUCGUUUGUUUUUAUUCGUUCUUAUUCACGGCUAAUCAAUUGACUGCUCCCACAUAUCCCACAUUAAUGAAGACGGCUCGUAUGAGCUCGGAUCAAUGUACAUACACAAUACAGUAACGAUGCGUGGGCACCGGGCAGGUAUAACGGUAGAGCCACAUAGAGCCAUAUCUCCUGGUUACUGAAGGACAUGCACCGGUGGUAGGAUUUCAGCAUCAGGUUUGAGAGUAUGGCCUUGGAAUAUUGUCGUAGUGUGGCACAACGAUCAUGUCAGGCUGGAAAAUUUCCGCCCUCACAGAUGUAUGUUCAUGAUUAUUAUAUUAAGAUCUGAUAUCUUAAAAGCCUGUUAGAGUUUAUUAGAGUAUUUAACUAAUCUAAGUCCUAAGUAUAUAACUGUAGCUAAUUAUUUAAU